AUUCGCAACAAUCGUGGCGAGCAGAAGUAAAAAAAAGAGAAAAAUGGAUGACCUCAUACCCAAACCAUACCAGAUAGACGAGAAUUGUUGGAUACAAAUAUUUCAAUAUCUUAAUUUAAGGGAUAAGUGGAGUCUAGCUUCGACUAACGAUUAUUUGAUGAAUAUUUUUAAAACGCCAACCGUGUUACAAGGACUUACGCACAUUGAUCUCUCAUCGAUUUCUAAUAAUCCGUUAACAGAUCAUGAAAUUCAUCGGUUGUUAUGCUUGGCAAAUAAAUAUGUAAUCAGUUUUACUGGCUCCAUGGCAUUCAAGGAUAAUAGCGAACAACAUGUGUGGUUAUUGCGUGAUUACUGCCCAAAUCUGCGGAAAUUAAAGCUAUUGUUCAUUAGAGAUAUGUCUAAAACAUUGAAAGAUCUGCCUAAUAUUGAAGAGCUGCAUGCGCGUCUCCAUUUUGGCAAACUAAGUAUUGAAAAUCGACGAGCUUUGGAGCACUUAAGGAAUCUGAAAAGACUUACCCUGGAGGCUAGCAACUAUUUCGGAGACGAACUGUGCCGUUUAAGCCGAUUGGAGUAUUUGGAGAUUGGGUCUCAUGGAUUUGAUGCCGCCGCAUUGACAGAAUGCUGUAUUACCAUGGGAGAUUUGCGGCAUCUCAACAUGGGACAUAAAAUAGAAGGUUUGUCAACCGAUCACUUCAUAACAAUCGCUGAAGAAUGCGCCCAACUGGAACGAUUGGCUUUUGGCAUUCGUAAUCUUGACACGAAUGUGGAGUACGAAUUCGUUUGUCGAUUGCCAAAAUUACAACAUUUAUUUGUGUGGAUUAAUGGUGCAGUACGUCCUGAAUUUCUGGUGGGUCUGAUAAAUAAAGUGGCACAACCUAAACCCAUCGAAAGUUUAAUCUUGGUGGGAUCCCGAUUGCCGUUAGAGCAAGUUAAUCUCGUUUGCCAAAUAACUAGCCUAAAGGAACUCGAUAUUUCAUGCGAAGCGACAGCUAUUCAGGAUUUAUUAAACCUCCGUAAUGUAAAAUACUUGCAUCUAACGAUGCCUGAAAUCACCAAUGAUCAGCUAAAAGAGUUAAUCCUCAAUUUGCCACAAUUAAUUUUGCUUAAUGUUCGCUCAUGUCGUUUGAUUACCGAGCAGUUUGUGGCAUCUAUCCUUGAAUUAUUGCCACAUAUAGAGAAUAGAAUGAGAAAGAAAAUUAAAAUCCAUUUAAAAGGUUCAGAUAUUAACUGGAGUCAAAUUGACCACAAACUUCUGCAAAGGAAAAAGGCAGUGGUUGAAAUUAUCAAUGAAACUUUGGAGGAACCCAUUCUUAUAAGACAGGAACUUACAAUGAAUCAAUCAAAUUAAGAAAUCGAAUCCAAGUAUUAAAUCGUUGUACUUCUUUUUUCUUAACUAACAAAAGCUGCAUUUACCCCUUUUAUAUAAAUGGAGAA